UACCGGGGGGAAGGGGAAGAGUGGGACUAGGAGGAACUUCUUGGGUAUAUAAGUGAGAUGUGGUAUGCGGUGUACAUAUUGGACAUGGUACAUAUGAGUAGUACAUAAUGAACGGUAAUGAUAUAUAUCCAAGGCUCAUCCUGUGCUUGUCCUGUGCUUGUCCUGUGCUUGUCCUGUGCUUGUCCUGUGCUUGUCCUGUGCUUGUCCUGUGCUUGUCCUGUGCUUGUCCUGUGCUUGCUCUGUGCUUUUAUUAAGCUCCUAGAGUAUCCCCCUGCUCCCCGCUUCCUCCCCGGCUCGGUCGUAUUUCUAAGAGCAUGUGUGAUAUAUCACUGCGUAUGUAUCCCACCGGCCCGGAAGCAAACACAUCUACAUUUCCACUAGUGCAAUCCUUCAUUUAUCCCCAAUCGCUAGCGCCCCCGCCUAGAUCUGGCGAUCCUCCGCGAUUGCUGUUUCGCGCGCCCAGUUCUCUUUGUUAUCUGUUCACAGGCACCGAUGUCCGGAGCUGAUCCAGAUUUUACUU